AUGAUUAGAUCUAAACUAAGGCCAGCUGGGCUUUGGCAGUUUCUCCUGAUGUGGCUGCUACUGCCUGCGGUGCCUGUGCCCAGGGUCGAGGCUAGGAGAUCCAGGACCUCGCUGCUCUGCCCCGUGGCUUGUGAGCCGAUGCGCUGUCCCCCACUGCCAACCUGCUCGGGGGAGAUGGCGCCAGUGCUCGACCGAUGCCGCUGCUGCCGCAUCUGCCCCGCGGCCGAGGGCGAGGCCUGUGGCGGGGCGCAUGGCCGGCCUUGCGCCGUGGGGCUGCAGUGCCGCGCGCUAUUCAGCCCCAGGCGCCUCGGCGGCUCGUGGUUCGGUACUUGUGGCUGCCCGGAGGCGGGAGCCGCAGUGUGCGGCAGCGACGGGCGCACCUAUCCCAGCCUAUGCGCGCUCCGCGCCGAGAACCGCGCCGCGCGACUCCGCGGCGCGCUCCCGGCCGUGCCGAUGCAGAAGGGAGACUGCGGCGACCCAGGGAUCAAAAGGGCAGGCCGGCUCAGGAGCAAGUACAACUUUAUCGCCGCGGUGGUGGAAAAGGUGGCGCCAUCAGUGGUUCACUUGCAGCUAUGGGGCAAUCUACUUCCCUACACCAAUGAUAUUCCUGCAUCCAGUGGCUCUGGGUUCAUAGUGUCUGAGGAUGGGCUCAUUGUUACCAACGCUCAUGUCCUUACCAACUGGCAGCGGAUCCAGGUGGAGCUCCAGAAUGGAGUGCAGUAUGAAGCCACUGUCAAGGAUAUUGACCAUAAGCUGGACCUUGCACUGAUUAAGAUUGAGCCAAAUACUGACCUUCCUGUAUUAUUGCUGGGAAGAUCAUCUGACCUUCAGGCUGGAGAGUUUGUGGUGGCCUUGGGCAGCCCGUUUUCUCUACAGAACACAGUGACAGCAGGAAUUGUCAGUACUACACAGAGAGGGGGCAAAGAGCUGGGGCUGAAGGAUUCAGACAUGGAUUAUAUCCAGACUGAUGCCAUAAUUAAUCAUGGGAACUCUGGGGGGCCUCUGGUGAACCUGGAUGGUGAUGUGAUUGGCAUAAACACACUGAAGGUGACUGCAGGCAUCUCUUUUGCAAUUCCCUCAGAUCGAAUUCGGCAGUUCUUGGCAGAUUUCCAUGAGCGCCAGUUGAAAGGAAAAGUCCUUUCACAGAAGAAAUACCUGGGUCUACGAAUGUUACCCCUUUCUUUAAAUCUUCUCCAAGAAAUGAAAAGGCAGGAUCCAGAUUUCCCUGAUGUGAGUUCGGGGGUUUUUGUAUAUGAAGUGAUUCAAGGAACAGCUGCUGAAAGCUCUGGGUUGAGAGACCAUGAUGUAAUUGUCAGCAUAAAUGGGCAACCUGUUACCACCACAACUGAUAUUAUUGAAGCUGUUAAGGACAGUGAUUCCCUUUCCAUCAUGGUUCGUCGGGGAAGUCAAACAUUGAUCCUGACGGUCAUACCUGAAAUAAUUAAUUAA